AUGUCUGAUGAAAAUAAAGAAUUAUCUGAAUCUGAAGAGGAUUUAAAUGAUAGUGACGUUUUUCCAGUAGAUGAAAAGAAUCAUGAUAAUCAAUGGAUUAAUGAAUUGCAAUUAGCACUUGAACGUGGAUGUGAUUUAGGUACAAUAAGAAAUAUUGGAAAAUGUCGUCCACUAACGGAUGAUUUACGUUUAGCUGUGUGGAAAAUUUGUCUCAAUAUCAAUGAUGUUAAUGAAUAUGCUUAUAGUGAUAGUGAUGUAUUUGAUCUACCUGAACAAAGUAUAAUACGUGAAGAUGUUUUACGUUUAGUGCGUGCAUCAGAUAUAAAUCAAGAUAUUGCAACCGCAAAAAUGAGUGAUAUCGAAGCAGUUAUUACUUUUUAUUGUAAAAAAUAUAAUGAAAGUUAUGAAAAAGGAAAUGGAUGGAUUGAUAUAUUAAAACCAUUGAUUACACUACAAUAUAAAGAUCGUGCCGAACUCUAUGCAUUAUUUGCAAGCAUUCGUAAUCGUUACAUUCCUCGUUAUUGUGAAGCUGAUGGAAUGUCUUAUCAUUUAUUCCGAUUAUUAUUACUUUACCAUGACCCAGAAUUAUGUAGUUUCUUUGACACGAGAAAAAUCUCACCAGAUCUAUAUGCACAUGUUUGGAUUCGAAGUCUAUAUGCUGGAUCAUGUUCAUCAAGUGUUUUACUUGCUCUCUGGGAUCAUUAUUUUCAACAUGCAGAUCAAUUUUUUGCUUUUUUUCUUGCACUUGUAUUACUUAUGUUUGCUAAGGAACAAGUAUUUGAAAUGGCUAAUAAAGAAAAAAAUGAAAUUAUCGAAUUUCUCUCAAAAGCUCCAUCAAAUUUAACUAAUGAUGAUCUGGAAGAUUUUUGUUCCUUAGCUAAUCAUUAUGCUUCCACUACACCUCAAUCAUUUCGAAAAGAAUUUUAUUCAUGUUUAUUUGAUGAAAUCGAUCAAUCUAUAUCUCAAAAAGCUUGUUCUAUUUAUCAAGCAUUAUGUUUACCAGUUUCCGUAAAAGAAUUACUUCAAGCAAAUCAAUUGGGCGGAACAGCUGGUGUCAGAUAUUUUAUUGUCGAUUGUCGUCCAGCAGAACAAUAUAAUUCGCGACAUCUUUAUACAGCAUUUCAUCUUGAUGCAAAUCUUUUACUUGAAGAUCCGAAAGAAUUUGCUGGAACUGUUGAUGCACUUAUUGCUACACAAAAACAAUCGAUUGAAACUGGAUCAACAGCAGGAGGUGAACAUUUAUGUUUUAUGGGUUCUGGCAAUGAAGAAGCAGAUAAAUAUGUUCGUAUGGUUGUUGCUCAUUUCCUUCAACGAAAUACUAAAUAUAUUAGUCUUGCUUCUGGUGGUUAUAAAGCUCUUAAAGACGCUGUUGAAGAUCCAUCAAUGAUAACUAGAGGCAAAAAAAAUAAAACUCCAACAACACCUCCACCACCAACUACAGCAGUACAAGAUGCGUUCGCUCUUGGAUCAGCAAUUAAACAAAAUAUUGCAGAAAAACUUCCUACUAUUAAUACUCAAACUGCUUCAUUUAUCAAUAUGAUUUCAAGUGCUGUUAAAACUAAAUCUGUAGAAGUCAAAGAUAAAGUUAAAGAUUAUAUAGUUCAUACAUCAGGAAAUGACUCGGCUAAUCCAGCCCCUAAACACGUAAAUAAACAAGAUAAAGUCGAUAAACUAUAUAGACAAACAAAUGCAUCAUCAGUUUUUUCACUUGAUAGUGAUAAUGAGGACGAAUCAACAUCAUCAUCAAAACCAAAAGAUGCACAUGAACUUGUUGAUAUGGAAUCAUAUUUUCUCCGUAGUGAUAUGUUAUAUAAAUAUGAAUGUGAACAUAUCGAUGAACAGAAUCGACGUCAUCCAAGUCUUCUGUUGGUAUCGGCAACAGAUUUGUAUAUCUUACGAAGAUUACCUGAACAAAAAACAAUGGCAAAUCUUGUCUCACGUCAUCCAUUACAAACAGUAACAAAAAUAACCAGCAAAAAAACUUUUCCUGAAAUAAUUACAUUUCGUUAUUCAACACCUGAAGAUGAAGAAGAGGAAGAAGAACAACAGCAACUACAACAAAAAGGCAAGUCAAAAACAAAAGUGAAACCAAGAACAAAAACUUCAAUUGAUUGUGACAAAGUCUAUCUACCUGAUGCUGGUGAUGCAACCAAAAAUAUAAAAUUAUUAAUUAUGAAAUUACUAAAUAUGUUCGAUAAUAUCGAUCAACCUGUAUCAACUUAA